AUGAAGUUAACUAGUUUUGCAACUUUCCUGCUUGCCAGCGUCCCGAGUGUCCUCUCGGCCACCCUGCAAGCGCGAGCGAAGGACGUGGCCGUAGAUGGCAAGUGGAAGAACCACAACAACAUCCACUCCCUCCCAGCUGAAGCUGCCUCUGGAUCUAAGGGAGAACUUCAACUUCGUUUUCAGCCCUUCAUCAAAGUUUUGGGAGGAUGUGUUCCCUUUCCAGCCGUAGAUGCUGAAGGCUAUCUCGGUGCCGGUCUCAAGCCCACCGGCAAGGGAAACGGUGAUUGUGGGUCUAGUGAAGGCCAGCUCUAUGUCAGAACUGGCAUAGUCAAAGAACGCACCGGAAUCAUGUACUCCUUCUACGUCCCCAAAGUCAACAAGGAGCAUCGUCACUACUGGGCAUCCAUCGUGGUAUGGGUUUACGGUGCCGAAGUCAACACCGCGCAACCCGUGGGCAUCAGCUACCAAACCGACAAUGGAGUGUACAACGUUGGCUCAUAUCCCGCCACGAAGUGGUCGUCGGGCGCUAGCCUGGUGGGCAGGCCCACGCAUCCGCUCGUGGCUUACUGGGGCAAGAAAAUCGUUGGCCCGCUCACCGAGAACAUGGAAAACACUCUCAACCUCCCAAUCAUCGACUGGGAUAUGCUCCCGGAGCCUGCGCAGAAGCAGCUAGACGGUGCCAUUUUCGAGCACACCUCGGUCCCCUUUAUCGACAAGAACUUUGGCGAUAACUUGAACAAGGCAUUCGAUGAGGGUUUCUAUGCCGAUCUUCCGGGCGGCGACGGCGAUGAGGAUGGAGGUGACCCCACUGAUCCGGAGCCGGCUGGCCCGAUGCCCUCCAAGGCCCCACCGGCGCCCACCGCUUCGCACAAGCCUCUGCCGUCAGAUAUCUAA